CUCUCUCUCUUUUUGCUCGUUAUUAUUCAUGUAAAGUAGAAACAUUUCCCAGAAGCAGAGCAGCAGGGCGACGGUGUCAGUGCUGGAUGUGAAGAUGGGGCACACUCUGCUCUGUGUGCUGUCCUUAUUCUUGCUGAAUACACUCUUCUACGGAAAGGCUGAAGAACCUGAACCCAAGGCCUCUCUGACAGCAGACAAGACAGUUAUACCAGCAGGGGGCAGUGUGACACUGACCUGCUCUGUGGACGGCUCUGAUGACUGGAAAUACUACGGGUUCAGACGUGACUCACACUCUGCAGCUGAUCCAGUAAGAGAUGUUAGAGCACACGGAGUUAUGGUUGUCACAGAGGGAGGUUUCUACCACUGCAUAGGAGGGAGAGGAGACCCAGAGUUCUUCACUCAGAACAGUGAGGAAGUCCACAUUCAGAAAACUGUUUACAGUAGGGUCACUGUGACUCUGCAGCCCAGCUCAUCUCUGAUAUACAGUGGUGAGAAGAUCACUGUCAGAUGUGAGAUCCAGGGAGGUGGAGACACUGGGUGGACGUAUGAAUGGAGAACAACCAGCUCAAACAAUCCUCCAUCACACAGUGAAUACACUAUCAGCAGAGCUGCUGAGUCUCACAGUGGAGACUACAGCUGUAGAGGUAGAAGAGACUAUUCCUUAACAGAGUGGAGUCAGGUCAUGAGAUUGACAGUAUCACGAAGUAAACCCACAGCCACUCUGACAGCAGACAGGACAGUUCUACCAGCAGGGGGCAGAGUGACACUGACCUGCUCUGUGGAUCGUUCUUACAGCUGGAAAUACGACUGGUUCAGACGAACCUCUGUCUCUUCUGAAGCUGAGACUGUAGGAGACACAGACCAACCAAACACAGUCAUAACACAAGGAGGCGUCUACACAUGCAGAGGAAGGAGAGGACAACCAGAGUUCUUCACACAAGAAAGCAGUAAAGUCACCAUUAAGGAAACUGUUUCCAGUAGGGUCACUGUGACUCUGCAACCCAACUGGUCUCAGAUAUACAGUGGUGAGAAGAUCACUGUCAGCUGUGAGAUCCAGGGAGGAGACACUGGGUGGACGUAUGAAUGGAAAACUAACAGCUCAUUCAAACCUUCAAAUCAACAUGAAUACAGGAUUAGUUCUGCUUCAUCAUCCCACAGUGGAGACUACAUGUGUAGGGGCAGAAUGAAAAGUGCACAACAUAAUAUAACAAAGUGGAGUGAUUCAGUCAAAUUGACAGUGUAUGACAAAAAACCCCGGCCUGUCCUCACUGUGUCUCCAUCAUGGCUGAGUCCUGGAGCCUCAGUAACUCUGAAGUGUGAGGUUGAACUUCCAUCUGCAGGAUGGAGGUUCUACUGGUACAAGGCUGUUCCUGAUGGAUCACAGCGCUCCUACAGAUAUGAGCUGCUCCCUGGAAGCAGCAGUGGGACUGAACAGGAUUCCUACAUCGUCCUUGGUCAGACACACACAGCAGGAUAUGUGUGUAAGGCUGGAAGAGGAGACCCAGUGAUUUACACUGAGACUAGUGAACUAAAGUUUGUCUGGUCUGGAGAUGUUCGUCCAUCAGCGUCUCUCACAGUGAGUCCUGACAGAGUGCAGCACUUCACCUCUGACUCUGUCUCACUGAGCUGUGAGGGAAACUCUACUGAGUGGAGAGUGAGGAGGUUUGAUGAGAGUAAAUACCUGUCACACUGCUCUGACUUCGGGAUAAUUACUGGAUCCACAUGUAACAUUUACAGUUAUGGGCCCAGUAAUGCAGUGUACUGGUGUGAGUCUGGAUCAGGAGAGUUCAGCAACACAGUCAACAUCACUCUACAGAAUUAUUAUACUCAUGGUAUUAUCCUGCUGAGCCCCGUCCGUCCUGUGACUGAGGGAGAGUCUGUCACUCUUGGCUGUAAACUCAGGACAGAACAACAUCUUUCCAGUGUGUUUUUCUAUCAGAAUGACAAACUCAUCCAAAAUGAUUCCAGAGUGGAGCUGAAUAUCUCUGCAGUGUCACAGUCAGAUGAAGGUUUCUACAAGUGUCAGUCCUCAGGACGAGUGUCAGCACAGAGUUGGAUGUCAGUUAAAGCUGUGCCAAGACCUGAAAGCUCUUCAUUUCCUGUGUUGCUGAUCGUUGGGCCGGUUUGUGGAAUAGUAUUGAUCGUUCUCCUGCUGCUGUUUUUUCGCUACAGAAAUUCAACAGGUGGAUGUGAUGGUGCAGAGGAGAGCUCUGACUAUGUUAAUGUGAAUCCAGAUUCAGCCAAAGGUCCAUAAAAGAUGAAAACGAUCAACAUAUCAAGGACAACAUGAAAGAAAACACACUCAUGUUCUGGCAGUGAAGGACUUUGUGCAGCUGAGCAGCAGAUUAUAUGAACAAAAACAGGAUAUUAAUCUUAAAGUGCCUUUUGCUUAAGUAUAUCAAUGAAUACCCUAUUUUUUUAAAACAACUAUAUCAUCUUUUAACUUGAAUUGGUUUUGAAUAUUUUCAUGGUGUCUUUACAUAUAUCAGUCACUCAGCCUCAUCAUGACAUUAAUGAUAGUUGUUUGUCGCUUGUUACUGUUUCUAGUUCAGUGUUUUGCAGCAUAGCUUGUGUUUAUGGUAAUCUCACUAUUAAACAUUUUAUACAUACAGCGUA